ACAUAAUUCAAAAUCGCCGAAAGAGUACCAUCACUUCGUUUAGUGGGUGAAUCAUAUGGGUUUCCAGGAACAAUAGUUUGGAAAGUUAGUUAGGCAGCAUAUAUUAGAGGCGGUGCAUCCGGUUAGAUGGCGCCUGGAGAUCAGCUGGGUUCGCGGAUCAUGCUCGAUGACGCCUACCAAAUUCGAGACGUGCUCAUGAAUAUUUUACGUGCGACUAUAAAUUAGAUUUGAUUGCGGUUAUAUCAUUGACUUGGCCAGAACCCCCUUCUCCGCUACCCAUUUGGUUAAUUUAAAUUAAUUAUUGUAUGCUAAUUCCCAGCAUAAGCGCUAAGAGCAGACAGGUUCUGGUUCUCUGGCACCGCUUGGUUCUGCCACUGGCCUCCAGUCGCUAUUCACACCUUUCAAAGUCUCUGACUCAAGCUUUCUUUCCUUGUUCCUUGCAGGUUUCCUCCGUGAUCCUGGUGGUCCUGUCGGCGAUGGCAUUGGCAGCGCCCCAGCUGCAGGAGGUUCCCCACGCCCUGCUGGACAUCGAGACGCCCAAUCAGUUCAGCUACAAUUCCCCGCUGGCCAACCGGGAUAGCCUGCAAUCGAAGCCGUACUUCGACUUCCUGAGCACCCUCUACGCCCACGACACGGCCAAGUCGAACCUGUUUAGGCCCUAUUCCGGCCGCCAGCGAAGGGAGGUCCAGAAGCUGGAUCGUCCUCGCAGGGCCAUCGUCUUCCGGCCCCUGUUCGUCUACAAGCAGCAGGAGAUCCGCAGGCAGGAGAUCAAGGACAGGCAGGCCGAGAGACGCCACGACCUCAACCGAAUCUACCGGCUGUAGUCUUUUGUAUCCAAUCCAGUGUCCAUCCAGCCAUCCAUCCAGCCGGGAUGUUGGCCUUCUACAGGGUCCUCUAGCACUUAGCCACCUACACUGUGUCCUAGCCUUAAGUAAAUAUGCACUGCAGCACAACAAGAGAGAGAGCACUCAUCGCUAUAUAUUAUAUGUAUACCCAUUCGCACCGCCACCACACCACCCACAUCCUCGUAGAAUAAGCCCAGAUGUUUGUUAUGCCACUUGUUAUCGCGACGUUUGAUUAAAGCUAACAAAACUGAAAUCGA